AUGCAGCGGACCGAGGGAAAAAAAAGACGCGCCAAUUGCGGCGGGAGUGUGCGACACUUGGCGAAAGAGGAGGGAUCAACGGCGGCGGCAGUUUGAACUUUCCGUUGCUCCAACCGUUGAUCUGUUCAGAAAAUUUCAGAAAAAUCAGGGAAAAUCGAGCGAUUCCACGUACGAUUUGAGUUGUUGGAUGAAGAAAUGGAAAGAAGGAAAAAGGGGGCGCGAAAGCGUUGGUCGAGGCAGUGCUGGCCUGGGUAGACUGGGCUGGCCGAACGCCAGCCAAUUCGAAGGAAGGUCAGAGAGCGCGCGGAAAGCGGACGGUGCCCGACGACGAGCCUCUCUUUCCCCGUGCACCGAAACCGCGUCAAGCCUGACCCUUCGCGCCAAAGAGGUACUCUCAAUUCGUCGAUAUAUCGAUUGUACCACGGGAAAAAACUGGUUUCACACCGAGGUUCGUUGCAAUUUUAAAAUUGGCAAAAAAAUAAAAAAAUUUUGAAAAAUUUCGAUAACUUUUUCUCAAAAAAACUCUGAAAAAUUUCGAAACUUUUUCAAAAACAUUUCUGAAAAAAACUUUAUUAAUUUUUUUCUUUUUAUGCUUAUUUUGUAAACUUCACCUCUUUAUUAAGGUUUUUUUUUAAAUGAAGUUUCUCGAAAAAGUAGAAAAAAGCUGAAACAUAAAUGCACGAAAAAAGCGCCAAUCAAGAUUGCAUCAGCGCGGUCUCCGUGCUCAGUUUGAAAAAAAUUGCGCGCGUUUCGUCAUUUUAAAACUUCUCGAAUGCUGAGCAGGGUAACCCAGCCGUGCUAACACGGGGUCUCCGCGGGUGCCCCCGUAUUAAACCCGUAUAAGCCCAGCUGAUAGAACUUUUGGCAUUUUUUAGCCCAACUGAGACCCCGCCUUAGCCCAGCUGGGUUACAUAUUUUUCUUACACCCGUUGUUCCCCCGUUUUAGCCCAACUGAGACUAAAAUAACCCCAGAAACACGGGUUUAAUACGGGUACACCCGUUGAGACACCUGAUCAGCAUGCGAGUUUUGAACGAAGAAAGAAUUUAAUACACAAAAAAUGAUAUUAAAAAAAUUAAAAAAACUACUAUAAGGGGGUUUCAAACCAAAAAGUUAAUUCAAAGAGAAAAAACGAUUAAAAAACUUUUUUGUAGAAAUGAUUAAUCGAUUAGAAAAAAAUUUUUUUUUUUACUUUUAAAAUCAUUGUCGAUUUUUCAGUCAUUUUAAAUUCAGAACAACUGUCAGGAUGCAGGCUAUAGUCUUUUCAGAAUUUGGAUGUCAAGUAGAAUGACGUCAUUCGAAAACGCUCUGUGGAUGGCUCGCUCUCUGAUUGGUUUAUCGCGCUAUUAGGGGCGGAGCUUGAGCGAGGACUUGACAUUCAAAAUCUGAACAGACUAUAUACAUAUUUUACAAAAGUGAAUACAACUUCUUAUUCUAGAAGUAUGAACUUUGACUCGAAAUAUGUUUAAAACGUAAAUGAGAAAAAAAAUGAGGAAAUUCUCACGUGCACGACUACAAAUGUGAAGGAAAAAAAUUCAGUAAAUCCUUUUUUAGAUAUGGAAGCGAAAAGACGGAAAACUUCGCAAGAAGACGACGAGAAAAGCGGUGAAGUGCCGACGAGUUCAAGUCGACCAAGGAAACGGCGAGAAAUCAAAGAAGCUUCAUCGAUAACGAUGGCUCAAAUGAAACUUGAAGAUCCUGAAACUCUACGGAGAAGCUUCGUUACUUUGAAAUUGGCGCUGAGUUCCGCUGCAUCAGUGAAUCAGUUCGUUUUGAAUCAGCCAGAAGUCUUCAAAACCAUCGUCCUGACUUUCGUCACGUUGUCCAAGAAGCUCGGCACUCAAGAGUGAGUUCUUUAUUUGAUUUUUAUCUCAUCAGAAACGGUGAUUUCAGGUUUAAAGAAGCAGAAAUCCUACAAAGCUGCAUGAGUGUCCUGGCGAAUUGUUGCAAUUUGAGCCUCAUGGCCUGUCUGGAAAUGAAGCAGACUUUCGUCCAACUUCCAAGCGUAACCGGUACCUUUUAAAUAGAACUUUUCGAAGUUUCGUGUUUAGAAUCUUUUUUAGAACUCAAAUUUCGUUUUAUGGCUUACUUUAAUGAGUUUCAGUCCGACUUCUCGAGAAUACUCAACUGCCGGUCAGUUCCAAAGCGACAUUGUGCCGUCUCAUCGCUAAUUUGUGCGCUCACAAGGUUACUCCGAUUCAUUUUUUUUUGGUUUUCAAAAAUUACAGUCUUAAAUUUCAUCAGAAGUUGUUUACUUGAUAUUGAUAUAGGCCAUUCCGCGCCAGCUUGUCACGUUUUUCUUUCCGCCAGAAGGGCCAGGUCAAAUUUAACCAACUUCGCUUCAAGACCUUUGUUUCUUGCCGUUAUAAAAAGCAGAAAUUUAAUCUAAUUUAGUGUACGGUCUUAGAAAAAAACGUGACAAGCUGGCGCGGAAUAGGCUAUAAGAGUUUGAGGCUCGCGUUAAUUAUAGAUCCAAAAAAAAAAAAACGAAAUUGAUUAUCAUGGUCCAGCUACACUUUGUUGCUGAUGUGAACUUUUUAUAUUUCGUUCUUCCAACUCUUCUCGAAAAAUUGAAGAUGAUUCCUUUGAAAAAACCCCCAACGAUAGAAAAAACUCAUCCGUGUCUUCCUUUUCAAAAUAGACCAUUUUUCCAAAUGUAAGAUUUAAAAUUAAAAAAAACAUAAUCAAGAACCUUUUCAAGAAGAGAACUUCCAGGAAUCAGCUCACUGGAUCAGCCAAAACGCUUUGCUCAUCGAUCGAGUUUGUCUUCUUCUCGAAUCGGACCACGAAAGCAUUGUGAAGCAGUCGAUUCGCGUCGUCAAAAACCUCGUCUCCACCAAUUUCACUCGGGUAUGCACAAGUAUUUAUUCAAAUAUACACAAACCCACACCCAAAAAUUAA